AAAAUCAAACUAGUCAUUUUACAUUCUGAUUCCAAUGUUGAAGCAUCUAUUUGAACGACCCAACGAAGACAAUCAGACCCAUUAUACAAUUAACAAAAUGGGAAUGGGUGGUGAUGUCAACGGUUGCGGCCUCUGCGCUAAGUAUUGCCUAUUUGCAGCUAAUUUUGUGAUCUUUAUUGGUGCAUCGGUUCUAUUGGGACUGGGCAUAUGGACAUUGGCCGAUCGCAGUUUUAUGAAUGAUUUGCUUGGGACAAAUCUAUUUAGUGGAACUGUUUAUGUUUUGAUUGGUACAGCAGCUGUUAUCUGUGUAAUUUCGUUCUUUGGGUGCUACGGUGCAGCUCGUGAAGUCAAAAGUUUAUUGCUCUUUUAUUUCGUGUUUGUGUUUUUGGUAUUCGUUGUGAUGCUAGUCGGUGCAAUUUUGGGCUAUGUAUUCCGAGAGAAGGUGGUACAAACAAUGCGCCAAGAGAUGUACUCUUCGUUGCCGCUCUAUGGAAAUCGUCGUGCAAUCACAUUGGCAUGGGAUGAAACACAAACGCGCUUAAAAUGCUGCGGCAUUGAAUCGUAUCGUGAUUGGUAUGGAUCAAUUCCAGAAUCAUGCUGUCAAGAGACAUACGGAGGACAACGUAAACCAUGUAUUGAUGCCCCAUCACCACUGACACUUCAUUCGAAUGGAUGUCGAAAUGUAACCACCGAAUUUGUUCGUCAACACGCUUCAAUUAUUGCUGGUGCUGGUAUCACUGUUGCCAUUCUACUGAUCUUUGCUCAAGUAUUUUCGUUGAUUUUAUUCAAAAUGAUCGAAUAAGAAUCAUUCAUCGAACGUUCUCAUCCGCAAAAUUUUGUUUCUGUUCGCUGUGUAUAUAUUUAUGAGUAUUAAAUGUGAUGAAAAUAUCCAACGGAUUGAAUCACUGACGAAACCAUGAGAAUGCAGCCAUAAAAAAUGUUAACCACUUCAAAACAAACAAAAUGUACUUCGUUUUAGUUAUAUGUUGUAUUGACAAGAUCCACUUUUGUAUUGUUCAUUCCAUAUUGUUGUAAAAACUCAUCACAUCGAAUGAUGAUUUCAAAUAGUCAAUUCGAUAAGUACAUUAUUAAUUUGUCCGAGAAAAAGAAAAUAACGUCAUUCGCAAAAAAAAAAUUGCGCCGAAUUAAAUGAAAGUAGUACAAUAAUAUCAUUUUCUCAACAUAUCACAUUUAGCACAGAUGCAGAUAUUCCAUCAUUUAUGCCAUCUGAUCUGAGUUUUUAACGGCUUCAUGACUCUUUUUUUUUAAAUAAAAUUUUAUCGCUAAUUUGUAAUUAUUUUUAAGUCAAAAUACCUAUCCAAAAUUAAAGCAUUAAGUCGAACAUGAAUUUAUUUAGUUAGCGUUGUAAAUUUAAUGGCACCCACUUACGCACACACGUACACAUACACACGAAUAUAUAUAUGUGUAUUUCUUUGAUUUAUCCUCAAAAUUGAUGACACACUUUUGUGUGAAUUUUUUAUUUUACCAUUCGGAAAACCAGAUUUGGUUUCAAGUCGUAUACGUAACGUUACCAUUGUACUACUUAUGUUCCUCGUAUUGCUUAAUACAAUCUUCGUAAAAUAUACAAAAAAUCAUAUUAUUCCCGAAAAAA